UAUUUCUUCUAGAGCUGCAUGAGUGCUCUCGACCACUUUUUCGUAUCAAGGGUCCGGCAAGGGUACCACUCGUCUGCAGUAUAACUGCAGUUAUCGACCUCAAUUUCGUCAUAUCUAUCACUUAUAUCGUCUUCAUUACGUUAGUAUCGUCUGCCAUCCACCUUAAUCCACCCGGUCAUCCACCAGAUGGGGCAAUAGUACUUAUAUAUUACACAGCGAAUAAACAGGUCAUGGCCAGAGUGUCAAUAGACGAGCUUGGAACCCUCCUCAUCGUGACGAUAUUGAUUAUGGUAGGACUGCGGUUGUUCAUUUCGCGGAUAGUAACAGAUCGGGAGAAGAAGAAUAUACCUCCAGGUCCAAGAACAUGGCCUCUGGUUGGCAGUCUGCCGUUUCUCAUUAGGUCGAAAUUACCGCCACUGGAUCUCUUUGCUGCCUUGGCUGACGACUAUGGGGACAUCUUCCGACUUCGUAUCAUGACAACGGAAGUGGUUAUCCUGAACAGCUACAACACCAUCAAAGAAGCCUUCAGUCACCCUAACUUCCAAGGCCGGCCUAGGAUAGUCCCCAUCGAAGACCAAAUAGGCCGUCGAAAUAUAGGAUUGGCUGGUUCGUCGGGACCUGUCUGGCGGGAACACAAGCAGUUCAUUUUAUCAGCAUUUAGGCAUUUUACUACCGGACCUAAAAAUAUAGAUGACAUUAUUCAUGCCGAAGCCGUGACGUUGAUUUCCGAAUUCUCCAAGUUGUCUGAGCCUUUUAACCCUCACAAGGUUUUGAACAAUGCUAUCUCGAACGUAAUUGCCGUUCUGCUCUUUGGAAAGGCUUAUGACUACGCAGAGUCAGACUUCAACCAGCUACAGGAUAUCAUCAACACUAACCUUCGUUUGGCUGCCUCUGGAGGGGUUUUCCUCUUCAUUCCCUUCCUUGCAAAGGUUCCAUUCAGUCCGGCCAACAAAAUCAAACAAGGGAUAAAGAGAUUCACUGACUUCACCAAGAUAAUCGUCGAUAAACAUCUCAAGGACUUCGAUCCAGAUCAUCCUCGCGAUAUUAUCGAUAUGUACCUUCAAAGAAUUCAAGAUGAUCGGAAGAGAGGUAUCACAUCAUCGUUUGACGAGACAAACCUUCACGUACUGUGCGGAGAUCUAUUUGGGGCCAGCACCGAAACAACGAACGCUUCAUUGAAAUGGUCCAUUCUCUACAUGAUGAUGUACCCUGAUGUCCAGACAAGAGUCCAAGAGGAACUAGACCGUGUUGUUGGACCAGAUCGACUCCCAGAACUAGCUGAUCGUGCAAGCCUCCCGUUCACCAUGGCAACACUACACGAAGUCCAGCGCAUGGGACAAGUGUCUCCGUUUGGUAUUGCGCAUGCAUGCACCGCCGAUUCAAGACUACGUGGCUACGAUAUUUCGGAGGGCACUUUGGUCGUGUCAAACCUCUGGCGGUUAGCACGUGACAGCUCAAUCUGGUCCGAUCCAGAUAUAUUUAGACCAGAACGAUUCCUGAAUGAGAGAGGCGAUUGUAUCAAGCCAGAUGCACUCAUCCCAUUUAGUAUUGGCAAGAGAGUUUGCAUUGGAGAGGCUAUUGCCAGGAAAGAGCUAUUCCUCUUCUUUUCAACCCUUCUCCACCGAUUCAAGUUCUCUAUACCUGCAGACAGUCGUCCUCCUUCACUCCAGGGCCGGCUUGGUCUGGUCCACGACACCGAGGAUUACAUAACAUGCGCAUCCUCGAGAUUAAACAAGUCAGUUGAAAAAUGAUGGUCCUUUGAGUCGAUGAAAAAGUGCCUAAAAUAAUAAAAUGAAAAUACUGGUAUUUUUGACACAUUUUAAGAUGAUGAUGAUGAUUUUUCUACUUUUCACAUUAUGAAUGAUUUUUUUUCAAUUUACAGAAGAAAAUGGCACUGACAAUUAUUCAAUGUUCAAAUGGGUUGAAUCUUACAACUCUUCACUAGGAUUUGUGAUUUUUUUUGUUCUUUUAAUUAUUGGUCCUAAAUUGCUAUGUCAGAAAAAGUUAUUACACAUUGACGUGUGAAUGCAGAUAGAAUUGGAAAGCUGCGCCAAAUAAGCGGGGAAUAAAACAUUAAAAAAAAAACGAAAGCUGUAGAUUUCUUUAAUUGAAGCUUGUUGGAAAAGAUAUUUAUGAUAUCUCUAUGUGAUAUAAGUAAAGAAAAUUAAAUGCGCAAAAAAAAAACAUACAGUUUUCUUCUGUACAAACCUAUGGAAUCGCAACGCUUUUAACACGACAUGACGACAGGACGUAAGCUGGGAGAGUAAGGAAAUCGACUAAUAGAGCAUGCUCGCGUGCUCUGUCCCAACACUUCCCUGGUCCCAGUAUGACCCAUGUAUCUUUUGUGAUUCUUAUUUCCUUUUUUUAUUGAGUACCGUACCGUUCCGCGUUUUCGAAGAAUAGAUUAAGCCCAUUUUGAGGUUAAAACACUAUUAUAAAAACCAGGGGGCAGCUGCGCCAAGUGAGGAUUAGAUGAACAGGUAUUAGAAUAACAAGUAUUAGACUAACCGACAAUUAGACGAACUAGUAUUAGACCAAAUGCAAUUAGACCAAGUGACAAUAAAUACAUUAGACGAAAUGGCAAUUAGACCACAUGAUAAUUAGACCAAGUGACGAUUAGCCCAUCUGGGCAUUAGACCAAAUGGCUAUUAGAUCAAGUGGUCAUUUGACCAAUUAGGUAUUAGACCAAGUGGUCAUUAGACCAACUGGCUUUUAGAGCAAGUGGUUAUUAGACUAAUUGGCUAUUAGACCAAAUGAUAAUUAGACUAAGUGGAUUUAGCCCGAAUGUUGUCGGGCCCAUCUGAAGAUUAGACCAAGUGAUAUUAGACCAACCGUCAGUAAACCCUUUAUUUCAUCUAAGUUACAGGGUUAGGGUCGGGGUUGCAGUAGGGUUUUAUUUUAGGUUUAGGGUUGGGUUUACGAUAGGGAAUAGUGUUCAAUCCAGGUUAGGAGUUGGCGAUCCCAAUAAUGUGUGGAAUUCACAGCGGAGCAAUUGUCGCCGGAGCAAAUGUCAUGGUACCCACAUGAUUACCCCUUAGGAGGGAAUGACCAUUCACUUGAAGGAUGUGCGUGCAUGGACGUAUGCGGAUGUGUUUUAUUUGAGUGUGUUUCUACAAUAUUAUUUGAAAAGAAAACCGAUUGUGCUUCAAAUAUUUGAUUUGCUUUUCUAAUUAUUGUUUUCAGUAUUGAUUAACCUGCAAUAUAGUCUGGGAUACAGGCUGCUUUCUAUCGGACCCUGAUGCAUUUAACGUUUUGAUGUUGGAGCUGGGUUUUAUAUUUUAAACUCGAAACUAUUAUGUAAGGAAAGACAAAUCAUUUGAAAAUGAACAUUCCUAUAUUUCUAAUAUGACUUCAUUUUUUCGGUAUUAAUUUUCUAUAUGAAUAAAGUAAUUUUUCAAUGA